AUGGACAAAACUGCUAGUAUGCCUACAGAGCCUGCAACAUAUCCUGGCUUAACCCAGGCCAGGAUGAGAUGUCUUCAGCAUUUUGGGCAUACGUCAAUGUUUUCCUGGACCGUCCAAAGGACGUCAAGGAGCAGUCUCACCGAUAUUCAAUCCCUCAUCGCGACCCUGGGCAGAAUAGCCGACAGCAAGGCAACAAAGCACAAGUCGAAGGAAGGAGCUCUGACCCGCGAGAUCUCCAAAGGUCUGCUCGAUGUUUCAGAGAUGCCACUGUUCCGCAAGCGUGAGAAGAGAAAGAAUACACAAACAACACCCAAGCAGGCCAAAAAGGCCAAAACCUCACACGACGACAACUGCAAGUUCAAGAAAGAGUAUCACGCUCGCUACCCGUCACCAAUUCUCGACCAGGUCUCUGCUCAGUCAGUCCAUACCGAAGAAGGUUCUAUGGAGAACCCAUGCGAAUUUUGGCAGUUUGCUACCAGAGGAUCACCAAGCGUGUCCUUCAACACCAUCAAGAAGAAGACAUGCACUUCUUGUCACGAUUCGACCUACUAUCAAACACCACAAGACAUUGAUGUCAAUUCUAUCGAGCUGUAUGGCCAAGCAAGCUCAAAAAACACCUUCCCGCAUGUGCUCAACUCCUGGUUCAAGGACCAAGCCAUCAGAAAACACAAGGACAACUUUUCAACUUGUUCCUCAUGCAACAAUGAACUUCCUUUCGAACAGAAAACGGUCAUGCUCGAUCGUCCACCUCACUUCCUUUGCGUGGGCAUGAACACCGGCGAGAAAGACAGCCUGCCGGACCUCAAAGAUCCGAACACUGUCCUAGACGGCGUCGAGCUCAAGUUUGAGCAUAUCUCGGGUGAAGAGCGCUCGGUCAAGUACAAGACCAUCGCUCUGGUCUACUCCAGCGGUCUCAAUCAUUUCGUGUCCGCAGUCAAGGUCAAGUACAAGAAGACAGCUUCAUCAAAGACAGCCGUGGAAGGCUGGCUCGAAUGUGACGGCCAGAAGGGCUCUUGCAGAGAGGUUGACGGGCGCACUCUCAAGCCGAAGAUCAAGUCGGGUGCAGUAGCAAGAGUACUGUUGAAGAGGGUCUACAAUGAGAGCGAAAACGGGGCUGGCGGGGCUGUUGAUGGUGUUCUGGUGGCGCAUGAUGCUGCCCGAGAGACUGCGCAGGCCGGCGAUGUUGGAUCUGGCCGGAGUGCUGGGGCCAGCGGCGACCUGCUGCUGUUUCUUGAGGGUCUCAAUGGCCUUCUUCAUCUCGCCCGAGUCUUGCUUCAGACCCAGAAUGGCCCGGCCCAUCUGUUGCUGACGGGUGAAGGCAUGCUCAAGUUCUGGGCCACUGGUUUGGCUUUCGCCUUAGGCCCAGAGGAUGUCGAGCAGAUAUCCAAGCGUUGCCAGUACAUCAUCGCACACGUCGCCGGAAUCAUGACCAACGUGGCAUCAAUGCACAAGUCGAAAAGGAGAGCAAGCGUGUAG